AUGGCUGAGAUGAAGGAGCGCACAUUCAUUGCCAUCAAGCCCGAUGGUGUGCAGAGGGGCAUCAUUGGAGAGGUCAUCAAGAGGUUUGAGACAAAAGGCUUCAAACUCGUUGGCAUGAAGAUGCUCCAUGCCUCUGACGACCUCCUGAUGAAGCACUACGCUGACCUGAAGGAAAGGCCAUUCUUUCCUACCCUCAUCAAGUACAUGAGCUCUGGGCCAGUGGUUGCCAUGGUGUGGGAGGGCAAGGGUGCUGUGAAGACCGGCAGGGUGAUGCUGGGUGAGACCAACCCCGCUGACUCCAAGCCCGGAACCAUCAGAGGAGACUUCUGCAUUGAUGUCAGCAAGAACAUCAUCCACGGAAGCGACGCAGUGGAGAGUGCCAACAAGGAGAUCCUGUGGUUCACAGAUGAGGAGCUGGUCAGCUACACUAGCUGUGCCUUCAGCUGGCUCUACUGA